UAUUAUUCUAAUGUCUGAGGUGUGUAAAAGUAGCUUAGCUAGCAGUAACAGAGCGAGCCCUUCGAACAGAUUUUCUGUGAGCAAUAAGACUCCUUUAGUAGUCUCUUCUUCUUGGGGUUUGUUACGUUCAAUGUCUGCUGUGACAUCCCAAGAAGCCUCUUCUUGGGCUUCUCCAUGUAGUUAUCAUGUAUUCUUGAGCUUCAGGGGCGAGGACACUCGCAAGACUUUCACUGAUCACCUCUACAUGGCUUUGGGCCAAGCCGGAUUUCACACCUUCAAAGACGAUGAUGGCAUAAGAAAAGGAGAAGAUAUCAAGUCUGAGAUAGAGAAAGCAAUUCGAGAGUCGAGAAUUUCAAUAAUCGUCUUCUCGAAGAACUAUGCCUCGUCAACUUGGUGCCUCGAAGAGCUUGUGAUGAUCCUCAAACACAGGACUCUUGGACACAUAGUUCUACCUAUCUUCUAUGAUGUGGAUCCAUCUGAAGUGAGGAAGCAAAUUGGCAGUUUUGAAGAAGCAUUUACAAGGUAUAAAGAGAAGCUCAAAUCAGAAACAUGUGAAUUGGCGAAAGAGAAAUUGAAGGAUAAGCUAGGAACAUGGAAGGCAGCGCUUAGAGAAGUUGCAGAUUUGGCCGGGAUGAAUUUACAAAAUCAAGUUAAUGGACACGAGGCAAGGUUUAUCAAGAAAAUUAUAAAAGUGGUUGGAGACAAGCUAAGGCGCACGACCUUGAACAUUGCCCCCAACUUGGUUGGAAUACAUUCACGGGUCAAAAACAUUCAGCUUUGGUUAGAAAAUGGGCCAAGUAAUGUUGGCAUAGUUGCAAUUUGUGGAAUGGGUGGAAUAGGCAAGACAACCACUGCAAAACUUCUGUAUGAUUUGAACUUCUUGAGAUUCGAAGGUAGCAGUUUUCUUGAGAAUGUAAGAGAAACUUCACAACAACAAGAUGGUUUACUUCGUUUACAAAAAAAGUUUCUUCAAGACAUUUUGAAGACAACGAAAGUAAAACUAAACAGUAUUGCUGAAGGAACUGCUAUGAUAAUAAAGGCCAUAUGUUGCAAAAAAGUUUUUAUAGUUCUUGAUGAUGUGGAUAAACUUGAUCAAUUAGAUGCACUACUUGGAGUGCGAGGUUGGCUUUUUCCAGGAAGUAAAAUCAUCAUAACCACCAGGCGUGAACGGUUGUUAGGGGCUUAUGAAUUCUAUAAGGUGCAUAGGCUUGAAAAUCUGAGUGAUGAGGAAUCCUUGGAGCUCUUUAGUUGGCAUGCCUUUGGAAAAUGUUGUCCUAACAAUGGGUAUGUAGAGGUCUCAAAAAGAGUGAUAAGCUACUGUGGAGGGAUUCCAUUGGCAAUUAAAGUUCUAGGUUCUUCUCUAUCUGGGAAUUGCUUAAAUGUAUGGAAAAGUCAAUUGGACAAAUUGAAAGCGAUUCCCAACAGUCAAAUCGUAGAAAAACUCCGAAUAAGUUAUGACUCUUUACAAGAUGACCACGACAAACAUCUAUUCCUCAAUCUUGCUUGUUUUUUUGUUGGAAGCGAUAAGGAUUCUACAAUUUCAAUUUUAGACGGAUGUGGAUUUUACACAGUGGUUGGGAUUCAAAACCUCGUGGACAGAUGUUUGAUAUCGAUUGAUGAAAGUAACACACUGGUAAUGCAUCAUUUGCUUCAACAAAUGGGAAGAGAAAUUAUUCGUCAAGAGUCACCAAAGGAGCCAGGCAAUCGUAGCAUCCUCUGGAAUCAUGAGGACACAUUUAAUGUUUUGAGAGAACACACUGGCACAAGCGAAAUAGAAGGCCUCAAACUCGAUAUGUGUCUGUUGAAAGAGGAAGCAUAUGCUUGUACGGUUUUUGGUGACAAUAGAAAACGUCGCUAUGAAGAGUUCCUUGGGAAGCCCUUAUUGUCAAAUUUGGGUGGUUCGCUUAAAAGAUAUGGUUUCACUAUAUUCUCCUCUCACCUCGAACCCACAAAUCCAGAAAAUUCAAAUUUUCCAGUGGCUUUAGAAGCUGAUGCAUUUGCAAGGAUGAACAAACUAAAACUUCUGCAGCUCAAUCGUGUACAUAUUAGUGGGCCCUAUAAAAAGUUUCCCAAACGAUUAAGAUGGUUGUGCUGGCGUGAAUUCCCACUUAAAUCCAUACCUGGUGAUUUCCCUUUGGAGAGCCUGGUUGCUCUUGACAUGCAAUAUAGCCGCUUAAAAUAUGUAUGGGAAGGAACCAAGUUUCUACGGUUGUUAAAAAUCCUCGAUCUAAGUCAUUCAUAUAACCUUGCAAAAACUCCUGACUUUUCAGAACUCCCCAAUCUUGAGAGGCUGGUGCUUAAAAAUUGUACAAGUUUGGUUGAGGUUCAUAAAUCCAUUGGACGCCUUGAGAGACUUGUUUUGUUAAAUUUGGAAGACUGCAAAAAUUUGAGGAAUCUUCCGAGAAGCAUUUGUAUGCUAAAAAAUUUGGAAACGCUUGUCAUCUCCGGUUGCCCAAAUCUCUAUGGAUUGCUGACAAACAUGGGAAAUAUGGAGUCUCUAACUGUGCUCAAGGUAGAUGGAAUCGCUUUAAAUCAAUCUCUCCCUACCAAUGGGCAGGUGAACGCAGUGCAAUCUUUCAUCUGGCCUUGGCGGUUGAAGCCAAGAGAAAGUCCGGAGAUUUCAUGGCCUUCUUUACCAUGGUCCUUGGUACAAUUAAGUCUAGGGAAUUGUAAUCUUUCGGAGGAUGAUUUCCCUAUAGAACUUAGCAACCUAUGCUCACUGAAAGAACUAAAUUUAUCGAAUAAUCAAUUUCGUAGCCUCCCAAAUUUCAUCAGAGGUCUUACUAAGCUUGAGUCCUUAUCCAUAGAAUCUUGCCCAAGGCUCCGUAAACUUGAUGAGGUCCCGCCACUACAUGGUUAUUUGCUUUGUGGAGCUAAUAGAUUGCUAGAGGAAGUAACGUGUCAAGUCUCACACCGACCAACAACCACUUGUCAUUUGGAUGCAUGCAACCAUCCAGAGACUAUGACGUUAUUCAAAUUAGAAUCCAUAGAAAGUGUUGAAGCUGAGAUUGUUAACAAUUUGGGCUUGUCGAACUUGCAAUCCAUGGGAAAUCUAACUGUAAAGCUAACGUCAUGGUUUGGCAUGCUACAAAGGAGGUUUCCCCUCCAGGUAUGUUACGAGGAACAUAUAAUCUGUGCUUAUAUUCCUGGUAGCAAGGUUCCACCCUCGUUUAAUUUUAAGAAUCUAGGAUCCUCAAUUGAUUUUACUGUGCCUUCAUAUCUUAAUUUGAGGAUCGUAGGCUUGAAUGUUUGUUCAGUUUAUGAGCACUCCAGCGAUCCAAAACGUGAUGAACCACAUACUAUCAUAAGUAAUAGGACGAAGGGCUUGGUUUGGAGUCAUUGCCCACAUGUCUUUGGAACUGCAGAAGAUGGUGAAGAUACGAUGUGGUUAAGUUAUUGGAAGUUUGGAAAUCGAUUGGAAGUCGGCAAUGAAGUCAGUAUUUCAGUGUAUGGAGGUGAAUUUGUGCAUGUAAAGGAGGUUGGAGUUCGUCUUCUGUACAAAGAGGAACCAGAAGAGAUGAACUUCCAAUCAGCCUAUGGAUAUAAAAUACCCCUUCAACUCUGUCAAUAUGGAAAUAUCGUUCCAGGAAUUGUUUCUGCACAUCAACCGAGCACAAAAUUAUACCUACUCGGCCAUCAUGAAAAUUGCAAGUUCCCUUGCAAGUAUUGUCAGCAUGUGUACCCUCCACCUUGGAUCCCUGCCACUCCUUACGAUUAUGAUUAUACUGUGGAAUGUCUGGGCUUCGAAUCAGAUGAUGGGUUGGUCAUUUUAUGUUUCUCAAGACCUUGGGCAUUGAUUUAUUAAGCUUCAACAAUUUGUAUCAACGAUAUUUAGUAGUUAA